GUAUAUUUUAGUAAAAAAGUUUUGUACUGAUUGGAGACAGAGAAAGAUGGUAGAUGCAACUCACCCAUCUGCACAUCUACUGAGGUUUUAGGAUAUCCAAGGGAAAGUGAAUCCCAACUCUCUCUCUCGAGCCACAAAACCAGAAAACUUUGAGUCGACCACAAAAAAAAAAAAAAAAAGCUAAAUCCUUUUAGCUCUUGAUGAAGCAAAAAGCAGCAGAAAAAGACCAAAGAAUCUACAAUAAUUUCUUGAUCCCCCUUAUUAUAAUAGCCUUUGAGCAUUGAAAGUUUUCCUCAAAUUGCCAUGAUUUGAUUCGUCAACACCCCCCCUCCCACAGACACACACACACAAAGUUAAAAUGGGUUUUACUAGGAAACCAAUGCUGUUUCCUUUUUUGCCGGUUUUGUUCAUAACUAUUCUUCUUGAGCCACCCCAUGUUGCAGAAUCUGCUUCUUCUGAUUACUCCACUUUGGUCUACAAGGGCUGCUCAAAGGAGCCUUUCACAGAUCCAAAUGGGGUGUACUCCCAGGCACUUUCAGCACUCUUUGGCUCAUUGGUUUCACAAUCCACCAAAGCCAAGUUCUACAAAACCACUUCUGGCUCAGGCCAGAACACCAUAACUGGCCUCUUCCAAUGCAGAGGGGAUCUCACCAAUUCUGACUGCUACAACUGUGUCAGCAGGCUCCCAGUUCUGUGUGACAAACUUUGUGGCAAAACCACAGCUGCCAGAGUCCAACUUCUUGGAUGCUAUGUUCUCUAUGAGGUUGCAGGGUUCUCCCAAAUCUCAGGUAUGCAAAUGCUGUACAAGACUUGUGGGGCCACAAAUGCUGCUGGGAGAGGGUUCGAAGAAAGGAGGGACACUGCAUUCUCAGUGAUGGAAAAUGGGGUGGUUAGUGGCCAUGGCUUCUACACUACCAGCUACCAGUCUUUGUAUGUGAUGGGGCAGUGUGAGGGAGAUGUUGGUGACUCGGAUUGUGGAGAGUGUGUGAAGAAUGCUGUGCAGAGAGCUCAGGUUGAAUGUGGUAGCUCUAUUUCAGGACAAGUGUUUUUGCACAAGUGCUUCAUUAGUUAUAGCUAUUACCCAAAUGGGGUUCCUUCUAGAUCAUCAUCUUCAUCAUCAGCUUCAUACUCUUCAUCUUCUUCAGGGCAAAAUCCAGGGAAAACAGCUGCUAUAAUAUUAGGAGGUGCAGCUGCGGUGGCUUUUCUGGUUAUAUUGUUGCUAUUUGCAAGGAGUUUGAAGAAGAAACAUGAUGAUUAUUGACAGCAGAAAAUGAUUUCUGAGAAGGCAAAAUUAUUCUUUGUGAUGCAUUGUUUUUGCAUGUCUAGUAGAUGGAUGAAGGGUGGUAAAUAGAGUUUUGCUUGACACAAACAAUACUACAGGAUGGUUCACUGUAAUGAUUUGUUGUAGCUAGAUAGUAAGAUUUUGUUGUUGGGAAGAGCAAUAUGAUUAGAACAUGGAAAUUAGAUUUUUUUUGACGAGGGUGUAACUGUAAAUUACCCAACAGAAUGAAUGUUUAUUAUAUGAAAAUUUUGGGUCAUACCCUUUAGGCAUAUCAGUUAUUUCUCGUUUCCCAAUUUUCUAUA